AACAAAAUCAUGUAUAUAUAACUCUCCUGUGAAACACUAAACUAUCUGAGUCUCCUCCUCGAGCAUCCUUGAUUUGUAUCCUUCAAUAUGAAUUUCGAGGAUCAAGGGAAACAGACCAUUUCCGUCGGACCAUGGGGAGGUGAAAAUGGAUUGCACUGGGAUGAUGGAGUUUAUUCCACCAUAAGGCAACUGGAAAUAGUUCAUGGAACAGGAGUUGAUUCUCUUAAGGUUGAGUAUGACAAAAAUGGAACCUCAGUAUUCUCAGAGAAGCAUGGUGGCGGUGGAGGUGCUAAAACAGACAAGAUAAGACUAAAUUAUCCAGAUGAGUUUCUAACUUCUAUGCGCGGAUAUUAUGGUAGCUUGUACGAAAGGGGGUCAGUUUUUGUGCGAUCACUUACAUUUGAAAGCAACAAAAGGACGUAUGGACCAUAUGGUGUCGAGCAAGGAACAUAUUUCACUCUACCAAACACUGGGAGGAAAAUUGUUGGCUUUCAUGGAAAAUCUGGCUGGUAUCUUGAUGCUAUUGGAGUAUACAUAGAGCCUAUUCAUAAGUCUUUACCGACUAAUUCUGUAGUUCAAUCUCAGCAACUCCAUUCUAUCGCUCAUUCCCAACAAAGCAUUGUCCAAGGGAUGGAAACUUAUGAAUACUCAAUGAUACAAGGAACUCUUGGUAAAAAUUUUGAUCUUAUUGUUGCAGUUAGACACAAGGAGAAGCACAACAACAUUUUACCUCCAAGUACACUUUCAAGACAAACUUCUAGUUCUGAUCACGAUUCUAGCUCUACCGAACCAAAUAAAAAGGUGGCAACUAUAGCCCCUAUUGAGAGAGUUCCCUCGAAAACUGUCAAAGGUGUUGUCACUUAUUGUCCAUGGGGUGGAAGUGGAGGGAAUGUCUUUGAUGAUGGCAUUUAUGAUGGUGUUAAGCAAGUUUACUUGUCACGUAACGUGGGAAUUGUUUCGAUAAGAGCUUGCUACGACAAAAAUGGACAACCGAUAUGGGGAAGUAAAAAUGGUGGUACUGGAGGAUUUAAAACCGAAAAGAUAAUAAUUGAUUAUCCAUCAGAGAUUUUGACUCACAUUACAGGCUACUAUGGACCAACAAUGAUUAUGGGACCGAACAUUAUACAAUCACUAACUUUUCAUACCACGAAAGGAAAACAUGGACCUUAUGGAGAAGAAAAAGGACAACAAUUCUCAACAAAAUUGAAAGAUGGGAUGAUUGUUGGCUUUCAUGGGAGGAAAGGAUUGUUUCUUGAUGCACUCGGUGUUCACGUGUUGGAAGGAAAAGUUGUCCCAUGUUUAUCUCCAGCUCCUAACUCCGUUAAACCAAAUGCAGCAUCGUCUGUCCCAUCCUUACCUUCCCCAGCUCCUCCCAAAUCUAUCAAACAAGUUGCAGCAAUUAUCCCAUCUUUAACUCCUUCAGCUCAGCCGAAACCUGCCAAACCAAAAGCAACAUCUGUCACUGAGGUUGAUGACGGUACACAGUGGUCCUUUAAACUAGGAAGAAAAGGACUAACUGAUGAGGGAGUCCAAAAGGUAGUGAAAGAUCCAGCACCAUAUGGACCUGGUCCAUGGGGUGGAGAAGGUGGGAAGCCAUGGGAUGAUGGAGUUUUCACUGGGAUUAAACAGAUAAUCCUAACACAAUCAUCAGAGGCCAUUUCUUGUAUCGAAAUUGAGUACGAUCGAAAUGGACAAUCUGUUUGGUCAGUAAGACAUGGUGCAAAUGCUGGGAAAUUCACAAAUAGGGUCAAAUUAGAGUAUCCUCAUGAAGUCCUAACAUGUAUUACUGGAUUCUAUGGUCCUAUAAGUAAGGAUAUGGGAUUGAAAGUAAUAAAAUCAUUGACUUUUCACACAACUAGAAGGAAAUUUGGCCCAUUUGGAGAGGAACUAGGAACAUAUUUCACAUCAUCAACAACAGAAGGAAAAGUUGUGGGAUUUCAUGGGAGGAGUGGAAUGUAUUUGGAUGCAAUUGGAGUGCAUAUGCAACAUUGGUUGGGCAAUCAAAGAACUUCCAAGAAUCCUCUUAAGAAAAUGUUCCAGUAAAGUUUAAUACUUAUUUCAUGUUUUUGAAUAAAGAAAAGUCAAAAACCAGAACAGGACCAAUAAGUUUUGUUGUGGAAGAAUCUAAGAAGCAUCUUCUUAUUAAUUUGACUUGCAAGUUGUGUGUGUGAGAGUGAAUAAAUUAAGUAUUUUGUAAUAAUAUUUGGAUUUUGAUGAAAAUGUUUUAACUUGAUUUGA